GCGGCCCCAGCGCGGCCCCAGCGCGGCCCUUCUAGCCACGCACUUCCGCCUCCCUCUCGGUGGCCGCGCCGUUGCCGUGGAGACGGAAGAUGGCGGCUGCAGGUCCUGGCAAUGGAAACGAGCAACACUGAACCCCUCAGCUCCACGCCAUGAGCUGCCUUUGCCUCUGGGGACGCUGGAGCUGAGAGCCCCAACACCAAGGGAAGGAAGAUGCUCCAGACCAGCAACUACACCCUGGUGCUGUUCCUGCAGUUCCUGCUCCUCUUCUACGACCUCUUUGUCAACUCCUUCUCGGAGCUGCUCCGCACGGCUCCUGCUGUCCAGCUCGUCCUGUUCAUCAUCCAGGACAUUGCUAUUCUCUUCAACGUCAUCAUCAUCUUCCUCAUGUUCUUCAACACCUUCGUCUUCCAGGCUGGGCUGGUCAAUCUCCUCUUCCACAAGUUCAAGGGCACCAUCCUGCUGUCUGCAGCCUACCUGGGGCUCAGCAUCUCCUUCCACGUGUGGGUUAUGAACCUGCGCUGGCGCGACUCCAGCCGCUUCGUGUGGACCGAAGGCCUGCAGACCCUCUUCGUGUUCCAGCGCCUGGCGGCCGUGCUCUACUGCUACUUCUACAAGAGGACCGCGGUGCACCUGGGGGACCCCCUCUUCUACCAGGACUCCCUGUGGCUGCGCAAGGAGUUUGAGCAGUUCCGUGGCUGACGGUUCCCCUCCAGCUCUUCAUCACCUCCUGGCCCCCACUGCGGACAGCUCC